AUGGAGGAUAUGGCUUCCAUUCUAUUGUUCACCCUACCUGUCCUUCUGGGCUCCCUUGGACGUUUGGUGUCAACACAAAAGUCGAUGUCUCCAGAUAUUCCUAACGAAGUUCUUAAGCGUUACGGUGGACUAACGAUGAAGCAAAAGCGUGAGCUGUACUCCAAGUACCAAUCUUUGCAAUUUGUUGAUAUCCCAGAAUUCCUAAAGCCGCAGAUCACUAGCAUCGAGGUACUUGAGCGUUUUGGAGUGUGCAAGAUGCCGGAAAAGAGUGCACAAGUUCAAACAGGCUAUUUCGUUUGUCCCAAAUUACCUCCAACUGGUACUGCCACCAGCGAGGAGAAGCGGUACUGCUGUGGGCCGGUUACACAGCAGUUCUGUUGUAGCGCGGCGGAAUUCAUCCCUGCUCAGGUUGUUUCGCCUUCAGUGAUUAUCGGAGCAAGUUUGGCCUUUCUUCUUAUCGCAACCCUUCUCACCAUCAUCGCAUAUUCAAGGAUUGCUCGAGGCUUACGGAAACAGUCUUCGAGAAUGCAACAUCAGGCCAAUUCUAACUCCAGUUAUCCAGUACAUAGAGGAUACGGUUCAAAGAACUCGUUUUCGUCGUCCCACAUUCCACCUUCGAAGCAAUUGAUAUCCAACAAAGGCAUCUCGAGUAGCGUUGAAAAGCAAGUCGAAGCGAAACAAACGCGCCUUCCGGAACGUCUCAACGAGAAUAAAGAGGCUUUAACUCCGAAGCAACCACCCGCCUUACGUCUAUUAACAGGUGAUUCAGCACCGUAUCCCACAAAACAAACUGUUUCAGCACGUCCGGCCAAAAGGCAACCAUACAAGAGACAAUCAAGAACUUGACCUUCAGCCAACCAAUACGAACGGGGAUAAUAGCAAGUAUCUUUUGACGGGUCGUUUUCCUGUAGCGCCUCUUGUGUCUUCAAUGCAUUUGCCCAUUUUGAUUCGUUUCUAAUGACGCCUUCAUUGAAAACAUUUUCCAUGGAUCUGUU